CUGAGUUGUAUAUCACGUUCCACCAACAAUUAAAAAAUGGCAUCAACAAUGGAAGCAGCAGAUAUCGUUGUUGUUGCCAUGUACUUCAUUCUUGUCCUGGCCUUUGGCUUUUUUGCGAUGUGGAAAGCAAAUCGAGGUACAGUGAGUGGAUAUUUCCUUGCUGGUCGUUCCAUGAACUGGAUGAUGAUCGGUGCAUCGCUGUUCGUAAGUAACAUCGGCAGUGAGCACUUCAUCGGCCUCGCUGGCUCAGGUGCAGCAAGCGGGUUUGCCGUAGGUGCUUGGGAGUUCAAUGCGAUUCUACUGCUGCAGCUCCUGGGCUGGGUCUUCAUACCCGUUUACAUCCACUCAGGUGUGUACACCAUGCCGGAGUACCUGUCCAAAAGAUUCGGCGGGAAGCGGCUGAAGGUUUUCUUCGCGUCCCUAACUCUGCUCCUCUACAUUUUCACCAAGCUCUCAGUGGAUCUAUAUUCCGGAGCGCUCUUUAUCCAGGAAUCUCUGGGCUGGAACCUGUACGUGUCCAUAAUCCUGCUCAUCACCAUGACCGCCCUUCUCACGAUAACUGGCGGCCUGGUGGCGGUUAUCUACACGGACACUCUGCAGGCGUUCCUCAUGAUAUCGGGAGCACUGUGCCUGAUGGCUAUCAGUUUAGUUAAGGUCGGAGGUUUCGAGGGAUUACGCACAAAGUACAUGAACGCCUCUCCCAACAUCACUGCCAUUGAGUUCGAGAAUAACAUCACCUACUCCAAUUCCUGCCAUGUGCAUCCUAAGCCAGAUUCGUUUAAGAUCUUAAGGGGUCCUUUGGACAAAGACCUGCCGUGGCCUGCUUUUCUUCUGGGCCAGACUCCAGCUUCGAUCUGGUACUGGUGUGCUGAUCAGGUCAUAGUCCAGAGAGUCCUGGCAGCUCGAAAUAUUGCCCACGCAAAAGGGUCAACCCUGAUGGCGGGCGUCCUGAAAGUCCUACCAAUGUUUAUCAUUGUGAUUCCAGGGAUGAUCUCCCGUGUGCUCUUUGCUGAUGAACUUGCUUGCAUCGGUCCAGAGCACUGCAUGCAAGUCUGCAACAGCAAAGCCGGUUGCACUAACAUUGCAUAUCCUCGCCUUGUCAUGAACGUCAUGCCCGUAGGUCUACGAGGCUUGAUGAUGGCGGUGAUGCUCGCCGCUCUCAUGAGUGACUUGGACUCGAUCUUUAACAGCGCCAGUACUAUCUUCACCCUUGAUAUCUAUAAGAUGGUACGUCACCAGGCUUCCUCCAAAGAGCUCAUGGUGGUGGGACGCAUGUUUGUGAUCCUCAUAGUGGCCAUUAGCAUAGCCUGGGUCCCCUUCGUCGUUGAGAUGCAAGGUGGUCAGAUGUUUCUCUACAUUCAGGAGGUGUCGGAUUACCUCACGCCACCCAUUGCUGCACUCUUCUUGCUUGGUGUCCUUUGGAAACGUUGCAAUGAGACUGGUGCAUUCUGGGGUGGAAUUGUGGGCUUCUUGCUAGGAGCCGUAAGACUCAUUCUUGCCUUUGUUUAUAGAGAGCCGGAUUGUGACACGACCGAUGACCGGCCUGCUUUCAUCAAGGAUGUUCAUUUCAUGUAUGUGGCAGCUGUGUUGUUUUGGGUUUCGGGGCUCGUGACGGUAGUCGUCAGUCUUUGCACGGAUCCACCGAGCAAGGAACAGAUUGCUACAACUACUUUCUGGGGACUGCGCAACAGGAAUCAAACCGAGAAGAGCAAACUUCCUCAGCGUUCUGUAGAAUCAAAAAAUGAGAAGAUAAAGAAUAAGGUGGAAAUCAAACCACCAUCUCAGGUUAUUCAAACAGGGCUUGAAAUACUUCCAAAUGGCCACUUGGAGUCUCAACAUACCCACAAACAACAGGGCAUUCAUCAUGUAGGUGGAGAUAAGGGACGGUGUGUGAAAUGUUUGGAGUGGUUUUGUGGAUAUAAUCAAAAUUUAGAGGAACCAGAUUCGCCUUUUGGAGAUGAAGACAGGAAUUUUACUGAAAUGCUCAAAGAACCUCCUAAAACCAAAAUUAUCCUCAAUCUCGGUCUCUUGAUAGUAUGCACACUUGGAAUUUUCUUGUUUGUAUACUUUUCAUUGUAA